AUACGCGGUUGAAGCGAACCUCGGUGUUUUCCAAAUCAGCUGUUAGCUUGAAGCGGUGAAGGGUGACUCGACGAGUGUCGGCGGCUCGAUGGUGGGGAGAGAGGACGGCAGCAGUCAGUCAGUCAGUCAGUCGGCAACGAGCCUUCCUUCGGUACGCAUAGUGUUAGAUCGUUCGCGCGUGCCUCUAAUAUCUUACCUUUCUUCUUAUUACUUAUCGUUGUCGAUCGAUCAUCAUUUUUAUCCAUCACCUUGUAGCUAUUUUUUCUUUAUUUUGUCUCUACGUAAAAUACGAAUACUCUAACACAACAUACAUCGAGUUAACUUGGUACUAAAUUUUGCGUACGCGUGUAAGCCUAACAUUCAUCAGUACGUGGUAUCGCGUUAGUGAAAGUGUUAACAACCUGCUACGAUAGAUAAAGAAAAAAAUAAAGAAAUAUUUGAAGAAUUUUGUGGUUUGUUCGAAAGAGAGAGAGAGAGAGAGAGAGAGAGAGAGAGAGAGAGAGAGAGAGAGAUUACCCGUUCAAACUUUGAAAAGUUCAGAUAAGAGACCUGUGAUGUGCAAUAGGUAAACUAACCAAAUUCUUAAACGGAACUAAAUCAGGAGAAAAAGGAUAGAAAGAAAAAAAUCUGUUGGUUUAAAAAUAAAUGCCGAAGACCAACGGGAAGAUCGAACGAAAGGAAAGCAUAAUAAAUAUUCGAUUAUUCGAAGUAAGAAAUAGUUCAAGAGGAGAAAAGAUUUAAUGUGUACACAUAGAACAAAUCAGUGAGAAGAAUAAGGUCCAAGGUCGAAAAGCGUACUUGCAACAGUGUUAUAAUCUCUUGCCCUCCUCCCUCUGCCCCCUCAUUCUCGUCUUCUUCAUCAUCAUUUUUUCCUUCUUUUCUCUCUCUCUCUCUCUCCCACAUGUACGACGGCACCUUCUUUUCCUCGUGCCCCCACCUUGUCCUCCAGCACGUCCUCUUGGAUCGGUCGUCGUCGUCGUCGUCUUCGUCGUCGUCGUCGUUGUAGCAGCGGCGCAACGAGCAUCGCAAGGAAAGUGUGUCAGUAGGAUAACAACGAAAGCACAGGUCACAACUUGGACGUCCUCUCUUCGAUGUCCUCUUUCUCCUCUUCCUUCUAUUCCUUUUUUAUCCUUUACGAAGUGACACUUUUUAAAUUUCAUUUAAACGUCGCGUGUUGUGCCAUUUAAACGGCAAAGUACGUCCGAAGGAAUUGGAACACGUCGGUGGCGAACUACUACUACUACCACCAUCACCAGCAGCAGCAGCAGCACCACAACCACUAUUACUAUUUAGUUGGUGUAAACUAAACUCGAAAGGAACUCGAAAGAAUUUGUUACGACACCACCUAGAAUCGAAUUUCAAUUCGCCAUUUAUUUCUUUCCUCCCCACUUCACUUCUCUUCUCUUCUCGUCGCGUGUAUGAGACUUCUCCGUGUUGUUUCUUUUUCUAUUUUUCUCUUAUUAACAUUUUUGCCAUUUCAUCGUGAGGAAGAAAAAUAAGUAAAAGAAAGAGUUAAGAAGAUUCACUACGUCGAUGUCACGACGAAAAAAGAGCGAGUUUCUUCGCGAGAAAAAGAGAGACAACAACCUUGUUGCGUCAUGAUCGUAAUCGACGAGAGGUGUGACGUUAGUAACAACUUACAAUAAUAAUAAUAAUAAUAAUAAUAAUAAUAAUAAUAUAACACUAAACGCGUGUACGAAUAUAUUGAAGAAAAAGAACAACACAACAUAAGGAUAUAUUUAGAAGAGAAAACGUUGUUGUUGACUUUAUUUUCUUCUUCUUAUUUCCUAUUUUAUUUGAAUUAUUUUCUUCACUUUUAUUAUUCCAUAAUCUUCUUAAUGAAAGAAAACAAGAGGAAGAAGAAUCAUGUGGCAUUGAUUUUUUAAACUUACCUCCAAUCAUUCCACAUAAGUAUAUACAUCUUUCCACUAAAGAGGAGAACAAAUCGAAGAGUAAAAGAAGAAGAAGAAGAAGGAUGAUUCGAUUAAUCAACUAAUUCGUUACAACGAGCAAAGUAGUGGUUAUUCGAUUUUAUCGCGCACUCCCUCCCUCCCUCCCACCCUCCCGGACGUAUCCGAGAGAUUAAAAAGCUCCGAGAGUAAGAACAAAAACAGACUUGGAGAAAAGAAAUUGAGAUAAGAGUUAAGAGAAGAAAACAAAAACAAGAGAAAGAGUGAGGAGAAGAAAAGUUAAAAGAGAAAAAAAUACCACUUAAUAUUAGUAAAGUAUGUUAAAGAGAAGAGGAGCGUCUAACAAAAUGAAAAAUCCCGAACACGAGAGUGGUUAUUUCGAAGAUGGAAGUGACGGGAGUGACACCGAGGUUAACGUCGAAGAAACGAUCGUAGACGAAGACAGGAAAUGCGGUUCUGUUUCUUGUUACGGCCUUACCAAGGCCAUCGACGGCCUCGACGUCAGAGAUUCUCAGGAACACCUUGCCAAUGGCUACGAACACCACCGAUCGAAUCGAGUAAAUCUCGAGGAUAGUGGUGGCCAAAGGGUGGAUAUGUCUCAUUUCGAUUUAUUGAAGGUGCUAGGUACCGGAGCUUAUGGAAAAGUAUUUCUGGUACGGAAAAGAGUUGGAACCGAUGCUGGUCGUCUUUAUGCUAUGAAGGUCCUGAAAAAAGCAUCAAUCGUGCAAAAGAAAAAAACUACCGAACAUACGAAGACCGAGAGACAAGUUCUCGAAGCUGUUAGAGACAGUCCUUUUUUAGUAACGCUCCAUUAUGCUUUCCAAACUGAUGCCAAAUUGCACUUAAUUUUAGAUUAUGUUAGUGGAGGUGAAUUGUUUACUCAUUUAUAUCAAAGAGAACACUUUACCGAGGACGAAGUAAGGAUUUAUAUUGGCGAAGUGAUUUUAGCUUUGGAGCAUUUGCACAAGUUGGGUAUCAUAUACAGAGACAUUAAACUAGAAAACAUACUCCUCGAUAGGGAAGGACACAUAGUCCUUACGGAUUUUGGAUUAAGUAAAGAAUUCUUACCGCAUGAAAGAGACAGCAACGCUCGAGCAUACUCGUUUUGCGGUACUAUCGAGUAUAUGGCACCGGAAGUGGUACGAGGGGGAUCCGCAGGCCACGAUAUUGCUGUGGAUUGGUGGAGCGUGGGCGUGUUAACUUACGAACUUCUCACUGGCGCCUCUCCUUUUACGGUCGAGGGAGAGAAAAAUACCCAGCAGGAGAUCUCAAGAAGAAUAUUAAAGACCGAACCACCGAUACCCAGUCAUCUUAAUCCAACCGUAAGGAACUUUAUCUCGCGUUUGUUGGUAAAGGAUCCACGUCAAAGACUAGGUGGUGGACCUCGCGACGCCAAGGAAUUGAAGGAACAUCCGUUCUUUAGAAGAGCUCCGCCGCCAUUCAGUUGGGAUGCUCUAGAAAAGAAACAGAUUAGCCCACCGUUCGUACCGCGUAUCACACACGAACUCGAUACCAGCAACUUUUCUGAAGAAUUUACAAAAAUGGUUGCUGCCGACAGUCCAGCCGUUGUACCACCCAAUCACGAUAAAAUAUUUCGGGGCUACUCUUAUGUAGCACCGUCGAUACUCUUCAGCGAGAACGUGGUUAGCAGAGAUAUAUUCUUCGAAGAAACAAAAGAAUCAUCCAGUAGCGACUCUCAAAGAUCUUCAACGUCGGACGUUUUAGCAAUGCGAUUGGAGGGGUCAACGUUCUUUCAGGCCUACGAGCUCGAUCUACGAGAGCCACUAGGCGAUGGAAGUUUUUCGGUGUGUCGUAAAUGUCGACACAAAAAAACUGCUCAGGAAUUUGCCGUGAAGAUCGUUAGCAGGCGCAUGGAUUCUGGUAGCGAAGCAAGUUUGCUGCGUAGUUGCCAAGGCCAUCCAAACGUGGUCAAGUUGUUCGAGGUACAUCAAGAUAGAGCGCAUACAUAUCUGGUGAUGGAGUUACUCUCGGGAGGUGAAUUGUUGAGUAGACCAAGGCCGUUCACCGAGCAACAAGCAAGUCGUAUUAUGAAGCAAUUGGCCUCCGCGGUACGUUUCAUGCACUCUCGUGGCGUUGUCCAUCGAGAUCUCAAGCCAGAAAAUAUUAUUUUUGUUCACGAAGGCAAGGAUUCUCCAGUCAAGAUCGUUGACUUUGGUUUCGCUAGAUUAAAACGUAGUUGUGAGCCUCUUCUCACACCUUGUUUUACGCUUCCUUACGCAGCACCAGAAGUAAUCGCUAAACAAGGAUACGAUCAAAGCUGCGAUUUGUGGAGUUUAGGUGCAAUCAUGUGUUGCAUAUUAUCAGAAAGUUUACCUUUUAGAACAAACUCGCCAGACCUGGCCUCGCGUAUUCAAUCUGGCGAGAUUAAUUUCGACGCUGAUAAUUGGUGUCAUAUAUCACCUUUAGCCAAGCAAGUGGCAAAAGGUUUGUUAAUGGUUGAUCCAAAUAAAAGACUCACCGCUACGGCCCUUGUUAAUCAUCCUUGGCUAUUCGAGUCAACCAACAGCAGCAGCAGCACAACUACUAAUUCAAACGUUCCAGAUUGUAUUACUACUACUAUUACUACUGAUGCUACUACUAAUGCAACUACUAACGCUACUAUAAACGCUACUACUAACAUUACUACUUACUGUCCUCCGACGUCAUCGACAACGCAAGAUAAAUUGGAAGGUUUUCGUUUACGCGAAGUGGACGGAGCUAAGUUGGCCCAAAGACGUAAACUACACAAACGUUCGACAUCUAGUUCCGUAUCUUCGUCUGCUUCAACAACUUCUUCGACCCUUUCGGUUCCAUUAGUGCGACCUUCUAGUUCGAGUACCAACGUAGCUACUUCUGCCUCGCCAGCUCGACCUAUUGCCUUUGAUUUUGGAGAGGACAAAGUGAACGAAUAUUUAAAUUCUUUGUCGUCUUCCUCAGAGUCCAAUUCUCCAAAGACAAAUAAUGAUCGACAUCAAGAAGGAAAAUAUAAACGACGUAAGCGUGACAUGACAGACGACGACUCCACCUCCCAGCAGGGAAGUUCCAAAGCUAAACGAAGCAAGAGACACCAUGAUCUCGACGGUGAAUCCUAUCAAAGUAGUAGUAGUAGUAGUAAUAGCAGUGGUAGAAGUGGACCAGUUACGAGAUCGAGAAAACGAAAAUUAGAACAAAAUGUAUCCAAUUUGGAUAGCACUAUGGAAUCCUAUGGAUUUUCCUCUGGUACUGACAAAAAAGACCUCAAUAUUCAUAGAAAACAAAAAGCUGGUAAACGGCCCAAACGUUUUACUACGAUUACAGUUGAGUAAUGUUUCCUAAAUCUUGUCUAAGCGGUAGUCUUAUUCUCACUUAGUUUCCUAUGCAUUUUACAAUAAAGUAAUAGUGCGCUGCCUUUUGGGAAUUACGUACAAGAUAUUAUAAAUGUUACAUCAUUCCUAAUACGUGAGAGACAGAGAUCUUUUAGACUAUUGUACAUAUAUUUCAGUUAAUGCCAUGUUUUUUAGUCAAAUAACCAGAGGAUAAUAUAAGUUUCUCGCUAAAGAUUUUCUAUAAAAUGAUUGCGAAGGGAAUAGGGGGUGAUAUUAUUAUCGUAUUUUUAUGGUCAGGGUCAGAUCAUUUUGUUUCUGUUAGAGAGAAGUAACCGAUAGUUAUCAAAUUCCUAUUGUUUUUCAUUUUUUUUUCUCUCUAUAAGUAGUACCUAUUAGCAAAAAAUAGUUGGACAAAUUCUUUAUCCUUCUUUCUUUUCUGGUUACUUGUUUAAGUUUUUUUUUGUUUCUUCCCUGUCUUUUGUUUAAUUAAGUUUCGCUUCUCUGUAAUCAGAGAAAAGUCAAAUAUGCAUUAUGGGUUGUUAGGAUAGAUACGUAGUAAAUGUGCCUCAAUAAAAUCCAUUUCCUAUGAAUGCGUCGAGUGAACCGUUGAAUGUGUUGAAAGAUAAUAUUAAGUAUGUUGAUGAAUUCGCUAAGGAAUUCAUCAUAACAUUCUAUCAAUGAAAUUAUCUUAUUUUCUAUAUAAAUGUUUACUUGUUAAACAGAAGAAGACAUUAAUUGUUUAUUUAAUAACUCUUUAAGCAUUCAACACUUUCACCCUAUAUAUAAAAUAAGAAAUAUUACAAAUGGAUUUAACUCAAAGUUCCCUUGUCACAUUACUGGAACAUUGGGAAGGAAACGAUUAAUAAAUGAUUUGUAUCGAAUUAUUCUCAAAAGAAUCGAACCACGAUUAUAUAGAUCAUUCAAGAUUAUAUAGAUCAUUCAAGAUUAUAUUUGUAUUGCUUAUAUACAUUUAUAUCUUUUUACUACUUUAUUUUCAUCAUCAUCUUAUCUGUAUUUGUUUUCUUCUCAAUUUAGCAUUACUUAAUGAGACGUUUACAAAAUAGAUGAGAGAGAUUAAUGAUGAAAAGAUAAUCUUGUAUGUUCAAUUGGACAAACGAGAGUGAAUAUAUUUGAUUAUAAAUGAACAUUAUUUUAUCAUACCAUAUUAGUCAAAAGUUAAGAAAUAUGGUGAUGUAUUUCUUGUGAAAAAGAAAAGAAGAAAGAAAAAAAAGAUAAAUCGAGCAAAGUACUUGAUUUAGUAAUUUUGUCCUUCGUAGAUUUUGUGAUUUUGCUACGAAAUAUAUUAUACCUAAUUGUUCUUAUUUAAAAAAAAAAAUAACAACAAAAAAAUAAAUAACAAUUUGUAUUGUUCGUUUGUACAUAUAGAUUACGUUGGAUUACUUUAACAUUAUAUUUUGAGCGCAGAGUUUUCCAUAUACACGAGGGUAUUAUUGAAAUUGCCUUUAGAGAUAUCGACUGUUUUACCUGAUGUGCGGUAAUUGCUGUGAAAGAUGCGAGUAAUAAAUGGCAAAGACUGAAAAGGUUGUAUACCAACUCAGGGAACAGCAGACAUGCUAAUGAAAAACGUCUUGUGUUAUUGAUUCGUGAUAGUUGCAAUUGAAAUUUAAUGACGUUACUACCAAAGACGACUGAAGCAACAUUGCUCCGUAAGACCAAAAAGAACUGUAUGUAACAUUGAAAUGGAGUUAUGUGUAUAUAUACCGAUUACUACCGAAUUGUAUCAUUUCACAUAAUAUAAUAGAUAUUAAUUAAUUAUAUUAAUAUAAAAGAAAAAGAUAACAAAUUAUAUAUUUACUAUAUAACAUUAUAUUAGGGAGAAUGAUAUUCUCUUAAAUAAGACAAAUAUUUCUAUUUAGGAUUGUAAAAGUCAUUAAAUCUUGUAAGUUUAAUCAGUUAUUCAGGAGGGAGGAAUGUAACAUAAUAAAUGAUGAUGAUGAUUAUGCGUUACAUUUAUUAUGUUACAAUAACGAAAGCAGAUUCUCUUUUUCUAGUGAUAUCUCAUUGUUAAGGUAUAAAGAAAUCUUUCAAGAGCAUAUAUAUAUAUAUAUGUAUGUAUGUAUAUACGUAUACACACACAUAUAUAUUAUAUACAACGUUAUAUACAAAUUCAAGCUUGUACCAUACGAUAAAGAGUGCUGUUCUGUUGCGACAAGUACAUACAAGAGACACCUACCUUUGUUACUACUGGUUGUUAAAUAUAUCAUGAUACAAUAUUUAUUUA